AUGACUAAGAAGGGUAAAGCGACGGCAGCCCAGAAGGGCAAAUCAGUUAUGGAUGAGGCAGUUAGCCGAGCCCCCAGGUCCACCAGAGCUCAGAAUUAUACUGGGAUACGUAUUCGGUCCCAGAGUCCUCUUACUUCCCCAUCUUCGGAGGAGCUCAGAGGGGCACCUGAUCCAGCCCCAGCUCCAGCACCAGCAUCAGCUGGACGACAGGAUAGGGGUCAGGAGUAUCCAGAUAGGGCUGCUAGUACCAGGGCUCGAGAUUUUCUUACGUUAAAUCCCCCAGAAUUUAAGGGCACGGACCCUAAUGCUGAUCCUCAGGAGUUCAUAGAUGGUAUGCAGCGUACUUUAAAUGUGAUGAAGGCGUCAGCCAGGGAAUCUGUUGAGUUAGCUGCUUACAGGCUGCAGGGCAUAGCAAUAAAUUGGUAUCAGUCAUGGAGACUAUCGAGGGGUAGUGACGCCCUUCCGCCGACUUGGCAAGAAUUCUCAGAUGCCUUUAUGCGUCAUUAUAUGCCACCCGAGUUGAGACGAGCAAGGGUCGAUAGGUUCCUUAAUUUGCGAUAG